UGUGUCGAAGAGUUUGUCGAUCCUUCUUGUAUCAUGUGAUUUGAAGAGUUGUUCCCGUGGUUUAUUUCGUUCUUCUUCGUUCCUCAGUUGCUCACAUGACCAGUUUGUUUGAUCCCAUGACCAGUUCAAGUUCUCCAGCGCUUGACAUGCUCGAAGGAGCUCUGGACACAGAGAAAUCGAGUGAUUUACAAGAACGGAAAGGUGGCGUUUCAACACAUGCAAGCCCUGAGCCAGAGAGUGUCACUGUGACUGUUUCAACAGUUCGAGAUGACCCUUCAGUUGCUGGAGCGAGCUGUCUUGGUUCACAAUCAAAUCACACUCAAAGUUACGCUGAUCCAAACGCUAUCCAAUUCCAAUAUCGCACUGACACUAACCUUGAAAAUAACCAUGUUCAUACUUCGCCAACUUAUGACAGUGGACAUAUACGUGUUGUGCAAGUUCACAGCGAUGAAGGCGACCCUACGGUUGAUCGAGUCGAUGUAGCCGUGUCGGGAAACAACUUUGUGCCGUCGUCUCAUGUUGCUCAACAGACCGUCAUACAAAGUCCCUUCCCUGAGUCCCCGCCAACUCAAGUAGACACUGAUUCAGGACGGUUUACUUACUAUUCAUCUGGAGGUAGCGAGCAAGGGACUACUGCCCAAGGGGAAAAUAUUGAUUCAAACACAGCUUACAUUGUACGAACAGUACCAGUCAGUGGUCUCAGUCAGCCUUCAUCACCCAUACCUGCUACAAAUGUAAUUCCAGUGACUCAGGGAGCGCAAGGUAUAUAGUAUUAAAUAUAUUGAAUAUCUUAGUUCACAAAACUAGAUAAUUUGUGCAGGGCUACUUUCAUAAUUGGAAACUUAUAUAUUUUGUUUACAUGCCAAAUUAUAGCAGGAAGUCACCUAGCAUUAAUAUUGUAAUGAACGACAAAGGGAAUGUCAACUAUCAGCAGAUUGCUAUCAACCUGGAUUGUUUUCUUGUUUUCUAAUUGCAUUAUUUCUGUGAUUGCUUCAGCUGGUUAUAUUUCAAAAAAUCACCAUGGUCCUAUGUUUUUGUCAGGAGUAACCCUUUUGCUCCUGUAUCAUGAGUACAAAGUUGUUUGUCAUAGGUAAAGUCCUAUGACACACAACUUUUUACCUACAACACUAGGCUAUUGCAGUACCGUAAACCUCCAAAUAUAACACUCCCCCUGUAUAAGUCCACCACAUGUACUAAGGCCAAUGGAACUGUAGAUUCUGUUUACCGUCCGAGAAUUUAAAAAAUCUGAUGCGGGUUUUUUUCAUUCAUUUUUCAUUAGUUUUGUUAUUGUCUAUUUUCCGACCAAAAAUGAUCCUUAAAUCGUUUUCUUUUGAUUUCGACCAUCAACACUUUUGUCCAGCAUUCUUUUAUAAUUUUUGGGCUUUCCUUUGCUGAAAAUUUCUUUGUCACGCCAUUGUUUUCGAAUUUGCACAUGUCAGACUCGCGAAUUUCCGAGUGUACUGAACAAAUGCUGACUGAUCCAUCAUACAUCAGCGAUGUACUGCUUUUUAUAUCGAAGAUUUGAUGAUUUGAUGUAUAUUUGAAAGUUUCGAUGCGUAGAAUUAAAAAUAAUGACAAUACAUACAUGAAAAUAAUUCAGACUAAUGAAAAAUUCUUGCGGUAGUUUCAAGCACAUGCGGGCGGUGGACGGUAAACAGAAUCUACAGUUCCAUUGGCCUAAUGCUCACCUCAUUCCAAAUAAGCCCCCCCCCAAAUAUAGACCCCCGCCCGAAUAUAAGCCCCCUGAGUAUAAGUCCCCCGAAUAUAAGCCCAGUAGCCCACAACGUUAUUCAACAUUGACAUUGUCUUUUAAUGUAGCAGAGAACGAUAUUUAAAAACAUUGUCAUUGUCUUUAUAGCUUACUAUGUUUAUCAAAGUGUGUUAUUAAUACAUGUUUAUUUUCCUGUUUAUGACUGCAUGACUUGUUUAUUACUAACACAAAAGAUCGUCCAUGUAUAAGCCCCCCUGUAUAUAAGCCCCCCCCUUGUAUAAGCCCAUCAAAAAUCGCUUACGGAAGAAUAUAAGCUCAGGGUUUAUAGUUGGAGGUUUAUGGUGUAUUGAUAAGUAGAUUUUUUAGUUAUCAGAUAUUCAAUAUUUGGUUUUUUGAUACAUCAAUAUACCAAAAAUGGUGAAAUGUGCUUGGGUAAAUUUCAGGAUUUUGGGCAACUCACUUGAUAUAACUAAUUGUUGAAGGAAUUUGUAGAUGGAAAUCUUGAGUGGAAUUUUUAUACAUUUAUUAGACUUAACCAGGAGCAGUUGCAAAAAAUGCAAUUGCUAUCGGCCCACUGGCAGGAAUUGAAACUGCAGUCCUGCAAUUCUGGUGCAGUGCUGUUGUCGGUAUUUUUUGAUAUCGCUAAAUAUUGACAUUAGUUUUAAUACCACAGCAGUCAGCUACACUAAAGAGGGGAUGAACCCCUUCUGCCUUUUUCUAAUGGGGCGAAGUGCCUAGAUAAACCAAAGAUUUACAUUAUAAACAAGAUAGUACAACACUAAAUAUGAUCAAUACAACACAAUGGUGUGUUUAAUGUAUGAAUACACUAGCCUGCGAACAGGCUCUUUGAAUUAAAUUAGAGCCUGCCGGUUUAGUCAAUAAAAAAGCGUCUGUGGCAUUGCUUAGAAUGAUGCAGGGUUCCCAUUGGUUGAAACCGAGUAGUUGGUUAUUAAUUAACUACAUUAUACUGCCAUAAAAGGUAAUGAAAUUUACACAUACAACAAUAGAUUCAAGAUGUCAUCACAAAGUCCGGAAAUCGAAAAAUAUCGUUCUAUAGCGAUAAAAAUGUAUUAGACGAGUUGUAUAGAAAACUAGAUUUUUGUUUAAAGUUAAAGGAUGCACAGUCAAAAGAUCUUAACAAUAUUCUAGAUGGAAACAAUGUUUUUUGCUGUAUAAGAGAGUUUGGCAAAUACAACGGCAACAUGCUUAUAUCAACAAUAGCAUCUUUACUCUAAGACAAAGGCGACUAUAAUUUGCAUUCUUAAGCAUUCUAGUACGCCGUAGUUGUUCAAACUGCUACGUUAUUUACAUCAUUUUCACGGCUCAUGACCACGCCAACACACUAAAAUGUUCAAGUCAUUUGCUAUGUUUUAUGUGAAUUCACUUACUAUUGCUACUUCAGGAAAUUUCAGGGUUGUUUGCUUUUAAAAGUUUAGUAAUGUAUGUUUUCACUCAAAUACAAAAGUACCGUAUAAGUAAUUUUGUUUUCUGCUGUCGCCUUUUUUGGUUGCCAAAUUCACUAAUGACACUAGUAUUGCCGACAGGCUAUAUAUAUACAGCAAAAGCUUAAUAUUCCAACUUUCGGUCCUUGUCGAGGAGAGAAAAAGAAAAGAACCUGCUACAGCCAUCAUAAAUCAUAAUUUAUUCAUUUGUCCUCUAAUUAGUAUUAUAGAGGACCAAAUGGAAGAAGCUAAGGACCUUGGUAUCAACCCUUGGUAUGAGUUUGCUUUGCAUUAGUGACAAACCGAACAUAGAGGACAUAAAAUCGGGGAAAUUUCAUUUGAUAUUUGGAUCGGCCGAAAACAUUCUUAACAAGUCAUCGACGCUUUAAAAUAUUCAAGUUGUCAUUUGCAUAAUUAUUUGGUUGCUUUUGUUAUAAACGAGCCUCACAUCAUUGAGACGUGGACUGGAGAAAGGAAAAUACAAAUUCAAAAUCAAUUUUAUUUUUAUGCAUGUCCCGCAUCUUUCAGACCAUUCUGGACCUCUCUCACAAACAAUCCCGAUAUUUUGCAAAAGAACUUCAAAACUAUCUUGCCUUACUGUUGGCUUGAGCAAGUCACUAUUGAAACAGACUUCCAUGUAUCUCCGUAUUUUACUUUUAAAGAAGCAUUGCAACAACGGCAAAAUUCGUUCACAUUUUUAGCAGUUUUUUGCAUGUAAAUUUUUUUUUGAGUUUCUUUCCAACUUGACAUUACAGACUUGUUGUAAACAAUCAUGCGUUGAAAUAGAGAUUUGCGUUUUGUUUACAAUUUGCAGGCUAUUUUACACAAGGCAUGUCUGAUAUUUGUUACAUUGUAAUUUUGUAAUAGACCUUAUGUAUAAUGACGUCACAAGGCUUGAUGCCUGCGAGGAAUACUGGUCUUGGUAGUCAUCCGUCAUUGCCCGGGAAAAUUCAAAAGUGGCCAUUUUGAACUGUUUAAUUUUCCCGGGCGAUGACUACUUUGACCAGCAUUCUUGCGGGCAUCAAGCCUUGUGACUUCAUUGUGCAUAAGGUCUAUUAAUUUAAUGAUUAAAAUUUGACAGAUUUUACAUUUGAUCGACAACACUAACAAGAUGGGCACAGACGUAUUUUUAUUGACUAAACCGGCAGGCUCUAAUUCAAUUCAAAGAGCCUGUUCGCAGGCUAUGAAUACACAUUAGAGCUGUACAGUUCCAAAAAUUUUAUCUUGGUUCCGGUUUCUUUGGAACAGAAAAACCUCGGUUCGGUUUCAGUUAUUUUCAAAAAAGACGAACAGUACAAAUGUAUGAACUCAUUUAUGUAUGUUUCGAGCAUUUUUACUAAAGAGAUGAAUUUAUGCCUUUGUAAGUUUGUAUAAAUCUCUGAAUAUUUUAAAAGAACAAUAUAAAUUGGAAUUUAUUUAUGAACAUGAAAUAUUUCUUUUUAAAAAAAAAAUUAAAGCAAGUGCACAACAAUAAACAACUAAAAUAUCGACUAUUUGAGCACUUAGUACAGUGCAUAUUGUUCACAAAGAGCACAAUCUUGUUAUUUUCCAAAUAUUUCAACCUGCAAUCAGGUGGGCGUUUGGCGGGUGUUAAAUUAAAAAUUAAAACCGAAACUACCGGUUCUUUUGCAUAUAAAUUUUCGGUGCUAAAAAAGUACCAGAAGAACCGAAUUUUUCGGUUAACCACACAGCUCAAAUACACAUGCCAAUAUGAUGGGAUUCGUUAGCGAAUUCUCUCCAGAAAAUGUUAGAAAUGCAGUCAUCAAACUUCAAAACUAUAAAAUUGUCUGAGGGGAGCACCCCCUGACCCCCAGCACAACUCUGGCAAUACUGUAGUUUAGGUAUAGCACUGAUUCUUGAGGUCACAGUAAUAAAAAUCAUGGAUGACUUGUGAUUACAAGCUUGAAGAUAAAUUCACAUUCUGUAUUACUAAAUUGAGCUAUUUUAUUGCCAUUGGUCCCUAAAUAUGUCAAUGAUUGUACUAUUUGCAUAUUUUCAGGGCAAUUUUAUGUCAUGAUGCCACAAGAUGUUUUGCAAAGUGGAAAUCAGCGUACCAUAGCACCAAGAUCACAUCCAUCUAACCAGUAAGAAUACAUCUGACAUUGCAUGUGUUGUAUUUACAGAGGGUCUAAAACAGGUUUUGUGGGAUAGGACAAUUAAUUCUAUGGAAAACGUACAAGAAGAUUUGUGCAAUUCAGGAUUUAUGAAGUAUAUUUAGUACUGUUUUAUGAUGUCUGUGUGAUGUGAUUAUCACACAGUCAUAAUGGGUUUUCCUCAUCCAGGCAAAGUUGAGAAGUGGCCAAGUAACUGUAGUUUGUUACACCAUUACCAGUGAAUUACAAUUUAGCAACUAGCAAGUAGUUUCUUAGUUCUGCCUAAUUCAAAACAGUAAUCUAAAACAGUACUGGUAGUCAAAAAGUAGCUAAGGCAAACUACAGUAUAGUUUCCAAUGUUGGAAAAGAUAUUGGAAAAAUGUUUCUGUAGCUGUAAUGAGUAGGUUGUCAGGGUGUGCAAGUAAUAUAAGCAUGUAAUCGUUGCUUUCUUAGUCAUGCUUUAGCUGAUUGUGUGAUCUCUCACAGGAAAAUUGAUGGUCAAAGAACGCCCCGUGAUGAAAAAAGAAGAGCAACUCACAAUGAAGUUGAAAGACGUAGAAGAGACAAAAUAAAUAAUUGGAUUGAAAAAUUAGCCAAGAUGUUACCAGAAAGUGAACAAGAUCACACAAAACAGGGACAGGUAAAGUUUUUUAAUAGAGCACACUGGCUUAUACUGUGUCGUAUUUAACUGGUAACACAAUGUAUACUGUAGGUUUUUUCUGCCAUAUAUACCUGUAGAAUUAUAACAAUCAUUCAGUGGUGGUCACUGAUGUAAUUAUUAUAGGGUGGUAAGCUACAAUUAGCCUUUUCCCAAAAUAGAUCACAGUGCAUUCUGGGAUCGUUUGGAGGGACAAAAUAUAUGGAGACAGGCAUCAAAUAUGUGAAAGAGUAGAAGUAUCUACCAUCAAAUAUCAACUUUUUACACAACCAAAAAUGAAUUAUCUCCUUUUUACAUUAAACUUUUAAUUUAAAUGUGUGCUGCCAUAUCUCUUGCCCCUCCAACAAGGGAUUCGCGCGACUAGACCCAGGACUUUGGAAAAUGGCUAAUAGCUGCCUGCUGGUCGAGUUAACAAGUUGGCCAGGCAGGAGAAACAAGUUAAUAUCUGUCUUAGGUCAGGGUGCCCUGAGUUACAUCUAACAAAAAUUCAACCUCUUUCCCAGCAAGCCUUGAUAAAAUAUUUUUCUUCCUGGCAGCAGGCUUCCCAGACCAAAAAUUUCCUGUCAAUUUUUUUUAUAAAUUUGAAUUUUGGUUGUAAUUCAAUAACAGCGUCGUGUAUUUAACAAUUAUUCGCCUUGUUUUUCACAUGUAUCAUAAUCAUGAAAACAGACAGUCAUAGCACUGCCACAUGAUACAAUUUUUUACGUUAUGAUUGUUGUAUUUAUGCUCUAAUUGUGAUGUUUGUUACUUUAAUGCUGAUUUUUAAAAUUUCUCGAGCUUCAUUCUUGAUAUCUUGCUUUUCCUUAAAAAUUUCCUGUGAGAUUAAAAAAAUUUCCUGGCAGCAUGCUGCCAUGCUGGCGGACUUUCUCAUGCCUUGUUUCCCAGGCUCUUUCCUCUUGGGAAGGAAAGACCCUGGUAAGAGUGGUCACAUGGCCCACAAAAAGUUGAGGAGGUGAGGGAAAAGUCUCGUAUUACAUGCUUCCGCACUUUACACUUCGAUUGCAAGCAGUGAGUGUUGAUACAAUCCAACUUUGAGAAUCAUAUAUGUCAAAAUUCUUGCUAAAUUUGAUUUGUUUGCUUUUAAAUUAUAAAAAUAUGCUACACAGAUUUUUAUAGCAAGAAGUCAGGAAAUCAAGCAGUAAAAACAUACGAUCAUAUGCUUUGAAAAUUGUUCUUAUGUUCUCUAUGCCUUGGGCGCACUAAGGAAUUUACACACAGUUGGCCUUGGCGAGAUCACAGGAUAUCUCAUUUUAUGACAAUUCUACAUAAAGUAAAUCCUUUGGGUUUACGUAUCAGACAGGAUACACAUCAACACUGACAACAGUCACAACCAUAUCGUUUGCUCGAUUGGUCUAGCAGGGAUUUACGGCGAAGCAUGCUUUCCUUGCUAAGCCUGAUAUCUACUGAAAGCUGAUCCAACUUCUCCACGACUAGUGUAUAACACACAACUUGUAAUUUUCCAAGCGCAACAAGUGCACUCCUCUACCACCCCUCUCUAAGUACAAUCUUGAUUUCCCCCAGAAACUUCCCCUCCCCCAUCACUUUUCUAAUGGUCUGCCUCUUAGUAUGCUUAAGGAAGAACAGAAUAUUGUAACUGCCUGACCUGAUUGCAUGUCAAAAUCACUGGUAUUGUUUUCAAAAACAUGUUGCCUCAAGUGUUUUAAUCUCUUCUCCAGAGCAAAGGCGGUGUCCUUGGCAAGGCCGUUGACUAUAUUCAUGAUUUGAGAGCAGCGAGUGCAAGAAUGGCAGAUGUAAUGAAAGAAAAUGAACGAUUAUCGAUUGAUGUUGAAUUAUUAAGACAACAAUAUGAAGAAGCAACAAAGGAGAACGCCAUGUUACGAACUCAGUUACAACAACAUGGUCUUGAACCUGUGUCCACAUCAACAACAGCGCAACCACACUGACUUUCUUGUAACAUAUUGCGUACUAACACAAUCACCAUAUUCUUCGUAUGGAGUGAUCCCAUUGCUCUGAAAUGAUUGCCACUGUAGCAGUAAUGCAUUGCAUGUGUUGAUAUCAGCACAGACUGCAGUAAGCCCGAUUGGCUAAGGGGUAUAUUAAUCUGAUCAGCGUGUAAAUGAUUUGUAAACAUCCUGUACAGUACAUAAUUAUCACAUACAAGAUUACAAUUCAUUACAAUAAUUUGGCUAAU